CCCCGGUCGCUCCGCCAUCUUUGUCGGCAGCCCAUUGUUCACUCCGAAGCUAACUACGGUGUCAAAACCCUCUACAUCUCCUAUUAAAGUAUCCUGACUGUGUCACCGACAGCUGACUGUGACCGUCGUGGAUUUGCUCACAAGGUCGCGACUUGUUUUCGGCCACUAAGUGAGACAGAAUGGACGACGAGCAGCCGAAAACCCUGUAUGUGGGGAACCUGUCCAGGGACGUGACAGAGGCCCUCAUCUUGGAAUUGUUCAGCCAGAUUGGGCCUUGUAAAAGCUGCAAAAUGAUAGUAGAUACAGCAGGUCACGAUCCAUACUGCUUUGUGGAGUUCUAUGAGCAUAGACACGCCACUGCUACAAUCGCAGCCAUGAAUGGUCGGAAAAUACUGGGUAAGGAGGUGAAGGUCAACUGGGCCACGACCCCAACGAGCCAGAAGAAAGACACAAGCAGCCACUUCCAUGUUUUUGUUGGAGACCUUAGUCCAGAAAUCACCACAGAUGACAUAAAAGCAGCUUUUGCUCCUUUUGGAAAAAUAUCGGACUGUCGCGUUGUGAAAGACAUGGCCACAGGUAAAUCUAAAGGCUAUGGUUUUGUCUCCUUCUUCAACAAAUGGGAUGCAGAGAACGCCAUCCAGCAAAUGGGGGGCCAGUGGCUAGGAGGACGGCAGAUAAGGACCAACUGGGCCACGAGGAAGCCGGCUCCUAAAACGACAAAUGAAACAGCCAGCACCAAACAGCUCUCUUUCGAUGAGGUCUUAAAUCAGUCCAGCCUCAGUAACUGCACAGUCUACUGUGGAGGAGUCACACAAGGUCUCACAGAGCAAAUAAUGAGACAGACCUUCUCACCUUUUGGCCAAAUAAUGGAGAUCCGUGUUUUCCCAGAAAAAGGCUACUCCUUUGUGAGGUUUAACUCCCACGAGGCCGCAGCUCAUGCCAUAGUUUCUGUAAACGGUACCUCCAUAGAGGGCAACAUUGUAAAGUGCUACUGGGGGAAAGAAACAGCAGACAUUGUACAGGGCCCCAUACAGCAGGUACAGAUGGCACAGCAGAACACACUGAGCUUUGCAGCCCAGCCCUACAACCAGUGGGGCCAGUGGUACAGCAACACGCAACAGAUCAGUCAGUACGUGCCCAACGGAUGGCAGGUGCCAAGCUACGGCGUCUACGGACAGGCCUGGGAUCAGCAGGGCUACAAUCAUUUACAUGCUGGAGCUGGAUGGACGGGCUUGGGCGCCGUGAGCAACGGGGGCAUGGUGGAGCCUGGGCAGGGAGUCAACGGGACAAUGCUAACCAACCAGGCAGGCAUGAGCACCACUGGAUACCCCACCCACUGAUCACAGACCCUCCCACCUCCUCUCUUAGCGGCCAAGGACACCAGGAUUACACUCUGCUGGGGGAAGGAAGGAGCGCACCAGACAUUCUCUGACUGUCGCACCACAAAAAUUACUCCUAGUGAAGCUGGUCUGCCAUUUUCUUUUUUUUUCUUCUUUUUUUUUAAACCAGCCCAAAGCCUCACCCUCUGCCCAAAUCAUUAGGUUGAAACAUGACUAUAUACACAUUAAACACUGAUAAAGCCACCGCUAAUGCACAUUGCAUUCCUGGACCCCCCUCUGCCCCUCCGGUUUUUAUUGUUUGGUGUGUUCAUGGCCAAAUGCAAACUUAACAUUUAUCUGUUUAUUAUAUUUCUAGCAGAGAGAGUUUAGUUGAAAGAAAACAAGUGUUACAUGAAUUAAAGCAAACCUUUCUAUGUCCUCAGCCCCUGAAAGCCAAAAAUCAAGGGCAGAAUUUUAUAUCACUAUUUAACAAUCAUUCAUAGAGGGGAAGGCAGCGCGGCGCUCGGUAACCUACAGUAUCAGCCGCUCCACAUACCGACAAAGAGCUGUUCCUUUUUCUCUCCGUUAAAGCGCCGCCGACCUAAACCCACUGUCCGCUCGUUGCCGUAGUGACGCAGCAGUCCCGAGUGAGUUCUCAGGGUGUGCUCUAGUUUAUCCUAAUGAACCGUGGAGGUCAGCAGGUUGGGAAGGAAACUGGUCACAACAAAAAGUUGCAAAACAAACGCCAGAGCUUCUUCAUGCCAUGUCCUGGACCGGAGCUGGACCGGACCUAAACAGACGGAACAGAGAGAGGAACUCAUCUGUGGAUAAAGAAGUGUGUGUGUGUGUGUGUGUGUGUGUGUGCAUGAACUGAUGCUUUUACUCACCAAGACUACAUCGCUGUCAUCUACCCCCCAACCCCCCGAAAACCCAGAAGGGUCUAUGCCAUUGUAUCUUUUUUUUUUAUUAUUAUUGUGACGGAGGAGUGGUUUGCUACAAAACUGCUUGAGAAAGAUUUUUUAUUUUAUUUUUUAUUUCCGGGCAACGUUAAAUGCUGACAUUGUAUAAAGAGCUUUCGCCUUUUGUGUUUCGUUUCAGGACUGAGGAAACGUUGAGGCGACGCCAUCAAAUCAUGUACACGCGAGAUCCUUCUUACGUUUGGACAUCAUUAAGCGGCUGUCGAGCCGAUUUAUUAUUAUUUUUUUAAUUCGUAUAUAUCUCUAAGCAAUUGCAGGGAUUACUGCCACUCUUAUCUUGCGUACAGGCAGACAAAGAUUGCACAAAACUUGGUUAUCCUUCCACAAAAUUUGAAGUACUCUAAAUUUUCUUUCUUUCUUUUUUUUUUUUUUUGCAUUCCACUUUUUCUGCGGUUUUUAUUUGGAAGCCUGUUACAUGUAAAUAGCCAAACAGUCUGUUUAAUUGUACUAAAGCUGUAUAAAGACAUGUUCAAUGAGAAUGCGUGCUUGCUCCUGGUUGGGGGAAACCGAUCCCGGCGCCCGUUUGAAGGUAGCACCUCUGUCCAGUGCUGGUAGGAGCAGAGCAACAUUUCACUCGUCCAGCAGAUUGGAGGACAAGUGGCAUUGCUAUGUAAUGCGGAAGUCUUUAGAUUAAACUUAAAGAAAUAAAAAAAAACAAAAAACAACUUUAUAAUUUAAA